GGUAUGUGUUUUAUAAAACAAUCCUGUUCUAAUGCUAGUUACCUCUGCUGCCUGGUUACCAUGGUGACGAUGAUGAGGAUGAUGAGGAUGAGGAUGAUGAUGCUAAGCUAAUGGUGAUGUCCCUCUGAUUUCAGAGCCCAGUGUGUGUGUGCAUGGGUGUUAGUGUGCAGCAGAGAGCGAGAAGGUGGGAGACUCAGGGAGUCCGGCUGCUGGUCUUACCAUGGCUGACAACACCAGUGAUGAUGAUGUCAUACAUCUGGGCAGCUUCAGCGCACGACGCAGCCAAGGUAACACAUCAAGAAGGAGGACCUACAUAACUAUAUCUGAUGAUUCCGAUGACGAGCUGUCAACAUUUAGACCAAACGUUCCUGUAGUGGUCAAAGAUGACGACGACGAUGACGAUGAAGACGAAGUUAGCAUUUUAGAGGCACGGUGGCCGCCUCGUCGUGUACUGAUCCGACCUGCUGCUCAAUGGGGAGGCAGCACGUCCCAAAGCCAGCCUUGUGCACCAGGCCCGAACCCCAUGGACUCGCACUUUCCUCACUCUUCUGUAGCGCCCGCUCAGCCCGCAUCAGGAAAUCAAGCCAUUGGUGUCUUCACUACGGACCAGAACGCUGUACCUUCCACAUCUAAAGAUGUUAUUUUGUUCAGACCUCACAUUUCCAUUAAAGGCACGCUGCCCCAACCUAGCGAUCCUUUGCCCAGCGCUCAGCAGGCCGGUCAGGGCACGGCUCUUUUCACCCCUGCGAACACAGAGUUACUGGGUGUAAAAGUGGCAGUGGUGAGUCCACACAGAACUGAAAGGUACGCCGGGGCUGUAGUCCCAUUUCCCCCUCAGGAACGGCCGAUGGACACGCCUCAGCCCUCACACACAGCGCAGGAGCCUGAGGAGCGGCAGCAGCAACAGGAGCAGCAGCAGAUUCCCCCACUCUUCCCCGCACGCUUACCGGUGGUAGCUGAAAACGAGAGGCCUGGUCCCUCUACAGCCGCCGAGCCGCCAGCUCCAGAUCCCCAAACAUCUCAGCAGGACAGUCUCAACAUGCUCGUCAGACGAGUGGUGGACCUUUUCCCAGAUGUUGAAGAGCCGUAUGUGGUGGAACUGAUAGAGAGAAGUGAAGUGAAAGAUUUGAAUGUAAUAUGCAAUAUGCUGUUGGAGAAUCCGGAAUAUCCGAGGAAAGCAAACUCUGUAUUAACUCAGAGAAGUGUACUCCUUGAGACAAAUGACAAUGAAACACAGGAAACUGAGAACUAUUUCGAUUAUUCGAAGUUGAAACGUGUUGGCCCAGAGGUUGCAAUGCAAGCUGCAGAAAUGCUGAUGGGAGAUUUCAGGAUGCUAAGCUGCCAGGAUAUCAAAUGGGCGCUGAAUUGCCUCAAAGGACACUAUGCAAUCACCCGCAAGGCCUUAUAUGAAGCCCUUAAGAAGUGGCAAGAAAACUCUACUGACCCCUCAGGGAAGAGGAAGAAGAGGAAAGAGCCAAACGAACGAGCCUUUAUAGAAUUCAAGUUCGAGCAGGGUUCCUUCAAACUGGAGAGGAAAAUGUACUUUCUAGAGAAAAACCGGAGAUGGUGCAGGAGCUUUGACAUGCCGCUUGAGCCUUCUCUAAUGAAAGAGCUUCAGUUUUAUGAGCAGAAAGCAAAGGAAAUGGCUGAGCAUGAAGAUUUCCUGCUGGCGCUGCAAGUGAAUGAGGAACAGUAUCAGAAGGAUGGUCAGCUAAUCGAGUGUGGCUGCUGCUGUGGGGAAUUUGCCUUUGAGGAGAUGACCCAGUGCAGUGAUGGCCAUCUCUUCUGUAAGGAGUGCCUGGUGAAAUACGCACAAGAGGCCGUGUUCGGAUCAGGACGGUCGGAGCUGAGCUGCAUGGAGGGCAGCUGUACCUGCUCCUUCCCCACCAGUGAGCUGGAGAAAGUUUUACCGGAGAACAUCCUGUGUAAAUACUACGAGCGGCAGGCUGAGGAGGCCGUAGCCGCUACCUGUGCAGAUGAGCUGGUCAGGUGUCCGUUUUGUAACUUCCCUGCUCUCCUGGACAAAGAGAUUUCUCUGUUCAGCUGCCCCAAUCCCCGCUGCAGAAAGGAGAGCUGCCGGAAGUGCCACGUGCUGUGGAAGGAGCAUGCAGGAAAGACAUGCGAGCAGGUGCUGGAGAGGGAUGAGAUCCGGCUCCGGGUGGCUUUUGAGGAACGGAUGACUGCGGCUCGCGUCCGGAAGUGUCAUAAGUGUUCGGCGGGUCUCGUCAAGUCGGAGGGCUGCAACCGGAUGUCCUGCCGCUGCGGCGCCUUCAUGUGCUACCUCUGCCGCGAGCCCAUCAACGGGUACAACCACUUCUGCCAGCACGCCCGCUCGCCCGGUGCGCCCUGCCGCCAGUGCAAGAAGUGCUCGCUGUGGACAGACCCCACGCAAGAUGAUGAGCGAAUCAUCCAGGAGAUCCAGAAGGAAGGUGAAGCCGAACUGAACAAAAAGAACAGUCAGUCAGACUCUGCUGGUAAAAGAGUGGGUCCUCCUCCUGACCCCACCCCUCCAAAGAGGACACGGGUGGAACAGGCUCCAGCCCCCAACGCAGCUCCGCAGGCCAUGCGCCCCCCUCUGUUCCUCCCUCAGGUGCUCCUGCCCGGCCCCCAGCGGCUCUUCCUGCAGCCUGUCGCUGCUCCCUACGUGCCCCAGCUGCCCAACCUGCCCCCUCUCAACUACAACGUUCCCAACGCCAACUUUGAUUUCAACAUGCCUAUGCACUACGGCCCGCCACAUCGCUUCUUUAGACCUCUCUGAACAGCCUGUGAUACUGAGAAGUGCAGUUGGACUAAAACGUGUUUUGUCCCAGACUUUAGUAUCUUAUAACCUCAGCCCCUCACUCUUUUCAUGUUGAUUUUUUUUUUUUUAAUUAAGUUCUUUUCAGAAGGCCUAUUUUUUUUGUCUAGAGUGUGAAAAACUACAGGGGGAAACCUACUCAGCGUGCUUCUUUCUGUUUCUUUUUGCUUAUUUUUGGACAAAUCACUGAAUGCUCAUGCACACAAAUUAAUCUGUCCAGCAGUUUUCAGUUGAAUAAAAUAUAUUGGGUGGA